UUCUCCACCAUUUUCAUUUCUCCUCUUCAAUGUUUCUCUGAGAAUCCUAGAAAAAAAAAAGAGAGAAGAAAAAUUAGAUCUUUCAUCAUGGCCGUAGAUCUCAUGAGCUUCCCGAAGAUGGAAGAUCAAACGGCUAUACAGGAAGCUGCGUCGGAAGGCCUCAAGAGCAUGGAGCACCUGAUCCGUGUCCUCUCCCACCGUCACCCCAACAAUCACGUCGAUUGCGCUGAGAUCACCGAUUUCACCGUCUCCAAGUUCAAGAAGGUCAUCUCCCUCCUCAACCGAACCGGUCACGCCCGGUUUAGACGUGGACCGGUUCACUCCUCCCCUCCUUCUUCCUCCUCCUCCGCCGCAUCUCCUCCGCCGGUGACAGUAUCUCCUCCGCCUCCGAUCGCGUCUUCGUCGCCGGUGAUUGUUCCGGCGAGCUUCGUUCAGACGAAUCAGCAGAGCGUGACGCUCGAUUUCUCUAGGCCCAGUGUUUUUGGAUCUAAAACCAAAUCGGCCGAGCUCGAGUUCGCCAAGGAGAGCUUCAGCGUCUCCAUGAACUCCUCCUACAUUUCUUCGGCGAUCACCGGCGACGGAAGUGUCUCGAACGGGAAACAGGGCUCGUCGAUCUUCCUACCUCCGGUGGCUUCCGCCGGGAAACCACCGUUGGCCGGUAAUCCACAUAAAAAGAGAUGUUUCGAGCACGAACAGUCCGUCGAUUUCUCCGGUAAACUCUCCGGCGGCAGCAACGGCAAGUGCCACUGCAAGAAGAGCAGGAAGAAUCGUGUGAAGAGGACCGUUAGGGUUCCGGCGAUAAGUUCGAAGAUCGCCGAUAUUCCAACGGACGAGUACUCGUGGAGGAAGUACGGACAGAAACCGAUCAAGGGCUCACCUUACCCACGGGGUUAUUACAAGUGCAGUACUUCCAGAGGAUGUCCGGCGAGGAAACACGUGGAACGAGCGUUGGAUGAUCCGACGAUGCUGAUCGUGACGUACGAAGGAGAGCACCGUCACCACCAGACCGCGUCGCAGGAGAAUAUUUCUCCGGGUGUGAGUGGUUUCAGUGCUUGAUUGGUUCGAAUGAAAAGUUUGGGGGUGGAAAUUAGAGACGUGAGAGUUUAGAUGGGUAGUGGUUUGUAAUAUUCUGAGCAGUAGAGGGGUUUGAUUGUAAAUUCUUUUAUUUAUAGACUAAACGAAAAUAGAAGUUGAUUUUUGUUUGGGCUUGAAAAUAACUAAUUUCAAAAUCUUAAAUCUGCAAUCUAUA